AUGGCAGCAAGGCUACUCUGUCACUUACAAUACCCCAUCGCGUAUUUAAGUCGUUUGCAAAGGAUUCUACCCGUCGCUCAAAAGGAAUUGCGUUUCAAAGUGUCCCGCAAGGCUCAUCAACCUUACGGGGUACACCAACGGCACGUGCCUCUGGGGGACCAAGGCCUUCUAGUGCUGGUCGGCAAGCGAACGGCAGGCGCACGCAUCGCUUCUAGCCCGGAUUCUGACUUAGAGGCAUUCAUUCAUAAUCUAACGCACGGUAGCUUCGCACCACUGGCUUUUCAAUCAAGCGCGAUGACAAAUUAUGCGAAUCAACGGUUCCUCUCGUACUAG